AUGACACAAUCAUGGCCAUUUGGACGUCUUUUUUGUAAAAUUUGGGUUACAAUUGAUGAUGUUGCAACGAUGGCGAGUGUUAUUAAUAUAGUAGCAAUCAGUAUAAAUCGUUAUUGGUCAAUAGCUUAUCCCAUAUCUUAUAGAAAAUAUGUUCGACAAAAUCUUGUUUAUAUAGUUAUGGCAUUUGUUUGGUGUAUUUCUUUCAUUAAUUUUGCUCCUGGUAUAUGGUUAUUAUCUUUAUUUGAUAAAUUAUAUAUUGAAAAUAAUAUAACUCGUUAUGAUUGUUCAGGUGAUUAUCAUAAUUCAUUUAUUUAUAUGUUAAUAGCACAAUUUAAUUAUUUUAUUUGGCCAUUUAUUCUUUUAUGUAUACUUAAUAUGUUAAUUAUGAUAAAUAUAUGGAAACGAAGUCGAAAGAUGAUACAUUUAAUGACAUUUAAUAAAUGUGUUAAACAAAAAGAAGAUAAUUUUAUUUCAUCUCGAUUCGAAACAAAUAAACAUAUUGAAGAUGAUCAACAUUUUUCAAUAUUAUCAAAACAUAAAAUAAAUUCAAUAGAACCUUCGAAAUCAACAACAAAUGAAAAAAAUAAAAAUAUUCAACAUUUACUUAAGAAAUAUAAAAAUAAAUCAUCAAAUAGUUCUCAAUAUAGAAUUACAUAUUUAUCAUCAUUUAUUCAAAACAAAUAUCCAAAUAUAAAAAAUUCUUCAAGAAACUCUUAUUCAAAUAAUAUUGAUUUAAAUAAUAGAGAUCAAUCAUCCCCAAUAUUAUUUUAUUAUCGAAAAUCUAAAAAUAUUAAUAAAUUUGUCUCACCUAACGAUCUUGACAAUUCUAUAAAUGAAUGUCAACUUAAAAAUGAAAAUGAAAAUGAAAAUGAAAACGAAAAUGAAACAGAAACUGAAAAUGAUCCAUCAAAAUCAAUUUCAAAUGAAAUUAUUUUAUCAAAUAGAUUAAAAACAAAAUGUCAACAAUAUAAUCAAAGUCGAUCAAGAAUAAUCCGGGAUCGAAAAGCUGCACGUUCUUUAUUUAUUCUUGUUGUUGUUUUUUUAAUAUUUUUAUUUCCAUAUGUUAUUUGUGCAACAGCAUCAACAGCUGGUGUAAAUGUCUCAAAAAUUCUAUUUGAAAUAUCAUUUUGGCUUUUAUGGAUGAAUUCAACAUGUAAUCCAUUUCUUUAUCCAUUUAUACAAAUUAAAUAUCGACGGGCUUAUAUGAAAUUAUUUCAAUCUUUUAUUAAAUUUUUCAAUUUUUCUCGAUAA